AUGAAGUCACAAGAUCUUGGCGACGUGGAGGACGAAGAUGACAGCUCGAACCGCGCACUGGAGAUGCCCACCGCAGCCCGGGUCAGCUCGAUGAGCCAGAAAGGGAGCCAUGAAAACCAGAAGUCAGGGACCCGCCGGCGGAAGAAGACCCCGUCGGAUCCUGCAAGCAGAGAGCCAGAAACGGCAGAAAGACAUUUCACGGCGCUGAGCAACAAAGCCGCUUCAGAUUCCAGCCUGGCGACGGAGACCAUGAGCAACGCUUUCUCAGCGGAGGCCGAUUAUGCCCCGACAAUCCUGUGCGUGGAUGAUGAUCCCGUCCACCUCGAGGUGGUCCGGUCUUUGUUGACUCAACACGCGCUGAAGGUCUAUGCUGUUGCUGACGGAGAUCAAGCCGUGCAGUUCUUGAAGAUGCGAAGCGUGCAAUUAAUGCUGCUGGAUGUUAUGAUGCCUGGCAUGAGUGGCCAACGGGUGCUGCGAUCUGUUCGCAAAUUCUACACCCCAGAGCAGCUGCCAAUCAUCAUCGUGAGUGCGGUGUGCAGACAGGAGACUAUGUCCGAAUGUGCCAAGCUGGGUGCCAACGACUAUGUCAUGAAGCCCUUUGGCAGGGCUGAGCUGCUGGAGCACGUUCAGCUACAUCUCAGCAAAGCCACGCAAGCACGGGUGUCCCGCAAAGCACGUGAGUUGAAGGGCAUUGAAGAGCUAGCUUCAUCAUCCACAUCGACUGCGAUGGAGGAACCACAGACCGCGGUCCACGUGCUGGCCAAGGAAAUGGAGCGCAUACGCUCAGACCGAGAUGAAGCCGUGGAACGGGCUCAAGCCUUGCAGAAGCAAGUGGAGGCUCUGGAAGCAGAGCUCCAGAACAAGAAGGACACCUUGCUUUCAGAGGAGCAGCUCAAGUUCUUGCAAACAAGCCAAACUCGGCAACAGGUCCUGCGCCAGCAUCAUGAAACUAUGGCUGCGCAGAUCCAGCGCCUAGAGCUGUUGCAGAAGAGCCAACACAAGCUCUUGUCGGCCAGGGCCAACCAGGACCUGGAUGGCUUGCUGCAGAUCGCAAGCUUGGGUCCAGGCCAAGGUUCUCAGCCACCGCUCGCAGACCCCAAGCUUCUGCAGAUCAGGAAGGUGGAAGACGAUGUGGGCUACUAUCUCACGAGCAUAGAACAGUUGGCAACGCGGCUGCCAGCUUCUUCGAAAGAGGAGCUGCAGCGAUUGGCCUACCAGCUAAGAGCGGAAACCAACAAGCUGCUCCUGGAGAUGGGUCUCAAAUGUCACGAGCUGGGCAGUGCGGACAGCAUGCUGCAGCAUCAAUGGCUGCAGCUCCAGCGAGACUUGGGCAGCACAGAAUUAAAACUUAGCUGCGAGAGUGCUGCGCUUGACAGGGCCUAG